UCCGAGCCAUCCUUGAUGGCAAAACACGAAGACAGUUUGUUCAAGGAUUUGUUUCAAAACUACGAAAGAUGGGUUCGUCCCGUGGAGCACCUGCAUGACAAGAUCAAAAUCAAAUUUGGCCUUGCAAUCUCCCAGCUGGUGGACGUGGAUGAAAAAAACCAACUAAUGACAACGAAUGUCUGGUUGAAGCAACAAUGGAUAGAUGCCAAGCUCCGGUGGAACCCCGAAGACUAUGGAGGGAUCAAGAUGAUCCGGGUGCCCUCGGAUUCCCUCUGGACCCCAGACAUCGUGCUGUUUGACAAUGCAGAUGGACGUUUUGAAGCGGCCAGCACAAAAACCGUGGUCAGGUACAACGGCACCGUCACCUGGACGCCACCAGCCAACUACAAGAGCUCCUGCACCAUCGAUGUCACCUUCUUCCCGUUCGACCUGCAGAACUGCUCCAUGAAGUUUGGCUCGUGGACCUAUGACGGCUCGCAGGUGGACAUCGUCCUGGAGGACCAGCAUGUGGACAAGAGGGAUUUCUUUGACAACGGAGAAUGGGAGAUCGUGAGCGCCACGGGGAGCAGGGGCAACCGAAGCGACAGCUGCUGCUGGUACCCGUAUGUCACCUACUCCUUCGUGAUCAAGCGUCUGCCCCUCUUCUACACCCUCUUCCUCAUCAUCCCGUGCAUCGGCCUCUCGUUCCUCACCGUGCUCGUCUUCUACCUGCCCUCGAACGAGGGCGAGAAGAUCUCCCUCUGCACCUCCGUGCUCGUCUCGCUCACCGUCUUCCUGCUGGUCAUCGAGGAGAUCAUCCCAUCCUCAUCCAAAGUCAUCCCGCUCAUCGGCGAGUACCUGGUGUUCACCAUGAUCUUCGUGACCCUGUCCAUCAUGGUGACCGUCUUCGCCAUCAACAUCCACCAUCGCUCGUCCUCCACGCACGACGCCAUGGCGCCCUGGGUCCGCAGGCUCUUUCUCCACCAGCUGCCCAGGCUGCUGUGCAUGAGGAGUCACGCCGACCGCUACCGCGCACAGAGGGAGGAAGCCGAGAGCAGGGCCGCGCCCCGGGCGCCCAGGAACACCCUGGAGGCCGCGCUCGACUCUGUCCGCUACAUUGCCAGACAUGUCACCAAGGAGAACGACAUCCGGGAGGUGGUGGAAGACUGGAAGUUCAUUGCCCAGGUGCUGGAUCGGGUAUUCCUGUGGAUGUUCCUUCUAGUCUCGGUGGUUGGUUCCCUUGGCCUUUUUGUUCCUGUUAUUUAUAAAUGGGCCAAUAUCAUCAUACCAGUUCACAUUGGAAAUGUGAAUAAGUGA